AUGUCGCCUCAUUUUGGGCGGUGCAUGAGGCCUCAAACAGCCUCCAAAGAUGACCUUCUCCGAUGGGGUUGGAAUCAUCAUGUCAUCAUUAUUCUUUCAAGGGUACGUUAUAUUGUAAAUACUCUUCUACGGGACUCCUCUAAUAUAGAAAAAUUCACUCUUUCAUGUGGAAUUGAUGAUGCGACUCGAACUCGAACUUGGGUUUCUGCUGCAGUAAAUCGUAAUGUUAAAGAGUUAUGUGUCAUCUUUUACGAGGGGGAAGAAUCAGAAUCGUUCGUUUUCCCCCUAUGCUUAUUUACUUGUGCAACAUUAACCAAGUUGAAAAUUACUUCACAUGGUGUUCUCAGGCUUCCUUCUUCAAUCUCUCUCCCGUGUCUAAAGAUAUUGAGCCUUCAACACGUUGUCUUUCCCGAUGAGGACUCAACCCAACAAAUAUUGAAUCUCCGAACCCUCGAGAAGUUGAAGAUCCGUUACUGCGACUGGAAGAAUCUUAAGGCCAUUACCGUUUCUGCUCCCAAACUUCGGAGCUUGGACAUUUGUGAAAUGCAUAGGAACGAUUUGAGAGGUUCAGAUGCUUGUCAUGUCAUGAUUUUUGGAACUGCUUUAACCUUUUUUUCUUUCAGUGGUAGAUUUUGGGAUGACUAUUGCUUAUUUAAAUCAUCAUCACUGGUUGAGGCAUGUUUUGAUGUUUAUGGAUGUUAUGAGAGGUCAAGGGAAAUUGCCCACCGUGCUUAUAAGCAUAUUGUAGGGCUCUCUACUGUAAAACAUUUAACGCUGACACCUGAUGUUUUAGAGGUUCUAGAUUGCGCGCCCGAGCUCUUUGCCCGUACACCUACAGUCAUGAAUCUGACCUCGUUACGAUUAUCUGAGUCGAUUUCUGAUUGUCCUGAUCUUCACUGUGAUACCAUUUGGCACAUUCUCUACAGCUCUCCUCAUCUUAAAGCUCUUAGUUUCUCUAGUAUCGAGCUAAGUGAGGAGUUGCCUACAAAUUGUGCAAAGGAUGACUGGAUAUUGGAGCCAGUGCCACCUUGCUUCCAGUCAUGUCUGAAAUGCAUUGAGAUACGUGUUUUCGGAGGUUUUAUUUAUGAGCUGCAUGCAGUUGCCUUCUUGCUGAAGAAUGCAAUAGCUUUGGAUGAUAUGGUUAUUACUUGCUGGACCAGCGGGUCAGAGGCUCAGAGGAAGAUUCGCGAGCAGCUAUUCGAGCUCCCAGGAUGGUCAGAAAUUGGCAGAUUAAAUUUCGUUUGACUAUUUAUUUUGGAUUAUACUUCCUUUAAUCCUUUUGAACUAUAAGAAGAGAAGUUUAUUCCUACAAUUUUAAAGAUUUCUCAAUUGAUAUAUUAUAUAGAUUGUUUAACUUAAAGUUUUGCCAAUAAA